UAAACCUAAGUUGUUUAGCUGCUAAAACGCACCAACUCCACAAAAACGAAGCAGCAUUUGCUGAAGCUCUUCUGCUUUGAACCGCUCCGAUGAGCUCCCCGGUGGCUACUUCAAAAUCCAAGCUAUCAUCUUUCUUCACAAACCCACAAAAACCCACAUCCCCAAAUCCCAAAACUCCAACCAAGCUUUCACCUUUCUUUGUCCCGACGAACCAAUCCUCACAACCCACUUCUCCAAAUCCAAAAUCUCCACCAAAAACCCCAAUUCCCAAUCUCCCAAUCCAAACCCCACUUCAGAAAUUCCUCGAAUCCAACUGCAAGUCGGGUAAUUUCACUCUCUAUGAAGCUCUGCAAUAUUUUAGUCACAUGAUUCGAAUGCAACCCACUCCUCCAAUUUCUUCAUUCAAUCUUUUAUUCAGUGGACUUGCAAAAAGUAAGCAUUUCUCUCAAGUUUUUCCACUUUACAAUGCAAUAAUAUCAGCUGGGUUGGUGCCAAAUUUCAUUACUCUUAAUGUUUUGCUUAAUUGCUGCUGUACUGCGAAUCGGGUUCGCGAUGGUUUUGUGGUCAUGGGGAGUCUUUUUAGGAGGGGAUUUCUACCAAGCACUGUGAGUUAUACUUGUUUGGUUAAAGGGUUGUGUAGGGAGGAUAAAAUUUUUGAGGCAACAAGGUUGUUUGAGAAAAUGGUAAAGUUGGGGUGCCAUCCUAAUGAGUUUACUUUUAGUACGUUGAUUAAAGGGUUGUGUCGAACGGGCAACGUGAACGUUGCGCUUAGGUUGCAUGAAGGAAUGGCUAAUGGAAGUGGUGCUUAUAGUGUUGGUUGUAGGCCGAAUGUGUUUACUUAUGCGACCAUCAUUGACGGGAUGUGUAAAGCCGGGUUGGUAGAUAAGGCGAAAGAACUUUUCAUAGAAAUGAAAGGUAGAGGGAUUGUUCCUGAUGUGAAUGUAUAUAGUUCUUUGAUACACGGUCUGUAUUACAAUGAGAAAUGGGAAGCAGCGAAAGCUAUGUUAAGUGAGAUGGUGGAUCAGGGUGUCCAGCCUAAUUUGGUAACAUUCAAUGUGUUGAUAGGAGUAAUUUGCAGAAGGGGAAAUGUGAAAGAAAGUAGUGACUUGUUAAAAUUGAUGAUUCGUAGAGGCAUAGAUCCGGAUAUAUUUACCUACAGCAUUUUGAUUGACGGCUUGUGUUUGGUGGGUAGGCUUAAUGAAGCAAGAGAGCUCUUUCAUUCUAUCCCAAGCAGAGGUUGUGAACCUGGUGCCAUUAGCUACAAUGUGUUGAUCAAUGGAUACUGCAAACAUAAGAAGAUACUGGAAGCUACCAAUUUUUACAAGGAAAUGAUUAACAAAGGAGUUCGGCCAACAAUAAUAACAUAUAAUGCCUUAUUAACUGGUCUUUUUCAGAUGGGUAAAGUUCAGGAUGCACAAGAAUUGUUUAGUGAGAUACGAACUCAGAAUCUGUUACCAAAUUCAACUACAUAUACAAUAUUCAUGGACGGGCUUUGCAAAAACAAUUGCCUAACAGAGGCGAUGGAAAUUUUCCAUACUUUAGAAAAUAGCAACUUCAAGCUUGGAGUUGAAAUGUUUGGCUGCCUUAUUGAUGGGUUAUGUAAAGCAGGAAAGCUUGAAAUUGCUUGGGACCUAUUCCACAAAAUGUCAAAUAGAGGCCUGGCGCCGACUGUUGUAACAUAUUCCAUGAUGAUCCAUGGGCUCUGUAUAGAUGGGCAACUGGAAAAGGCAAAUGAUUUGUUUUUAGAAAUGGAAGGGAAGGGGUGUGCUCCAAACAUCAUCACUUAUAAUAUCCUCAUGCGUGGUUUCUGCCAAAAUGAUGACUCGGCAAAAGUGGUUGAACUUCUCCACAAGAUGGCAGAAAGAAAUCUGUCACCAGAUGCCAGUACAGUCUCCAUUGUCAUAGACCUACUGUUGAAGGAUGAAAAGUAUCGUAAGUGUCUGGACUUGCUUCCAACAUUUCCUGCCACUAGCCGGUGCAAGAUGACAUGUUUCAAGAUGUGAAGGUGCAUUGCUAUGGUCUUAAACUCAAAGCAAAAACUUCAGUGGUGGGGUGACUGGGUUUGUAUGAGGGCAGAUCACAUGGAUGGUGUAAUGAUGGAUUGAAGAUGCAUUCAACUGCAGUGCUUGUGCAACUCCUCUGAAUCAAGGUUGCAAAGAAAGAAGACCUAGAGCAGCAUGCUUGUGCGUGUCAAAGUUGCAUUUUUCACCUGGUAUUGCAGAUUAUGACGUGGUGUUACUGUUCUAUGAAUGUCACUCCAGUGUUAAUCUUUUGUAGAGAGAACAUGAUCCGCAGAGCGUGUAGUAACCAGUCCUGUUCUACUUCACAGUUUUGUAAUACAGGAAGGGAGAUUCGAGCUUGGGUGCAAAUCGGAGACUGCUCUAGCCUCUAGCCAACUUGGCUACACCCAGACAUACUCUCUCUCUGCUUUUUCUUGUCAUUCAGCGAUAAAAGUGGAGCAAAUGAUGACUGAAAGAAUGGCAUGUAUCAACAGAUGUUACCCUAAAGAGCCCCGUUUGGCUCAUCUAUAAGGCAGUCCACCAACCCUAAGGCUGCAUCUAGUUAGCAGAUCAGAGUUUAAUAUUUUCAUUUUUGUUUGGAUACAAGUGACAAUAAGGGAGCUGGAUUCGAACACAAAACUUCGGAUACAAAGUGAAAUGCUUUCUCCUUAAAUUUCAGAUUCCGAAACUUUAUGGGGGAGAGAAAUUCCAAAUCCUAAGAAGCUUUGUAGCAUGUUGUAUGUCUAAUGACAUGAAUUUUCAGUUUUCAUCUCCUCCUUUUCCUGUCAGAUGGUGAGAUCCAAAUGAUUGGGGUGAUUAGUAAAGGUCUUAAUUAUGAAUCUUGUUGAUUGGGGUGAUUACAGCUUAAAAACAUGGUAUAUUUAGGUCAUGCAAGCCAGACUGGCUUUUGCUUGACUUGGCAGGUGAUUGUGAUGCCCUGCAAAAUCUGUCCCUUUGAUUGGAUUAUGUUUGUUGUUGGGUACUUUUCAAGCAUAAUUAGUGGUGGGUAAGUCAGUAAUUUGAUACACAGAUUCACGAGUCA